GUGAAGAAUCAAUGGCAAGCAAAGAGUAGUAGAGUAAGACCCACUCCCUCCUAUAUAAAACCCAAUUUGCCUUUUCACUGUCAGGUCUCUUUCUACAUUUUCUGCUUUUCUCAGAUUCUAAUAAUAAUCAGGAGGAUCUCUCUCAGCCAGCUCAGGGAUCUAGGGUUUGCCAAUUCUUUAGGGAUUUUAUCUUCUGUUCUUGUUGAUGGCAUCGAAGCGGAUCUUGAAGGAGCUCAAGGAUCUCCAGAAGGAUCCUCCUACCUCUUGCAGCGCAGGCCCUGUUGCUGAAGACAUGUUCCAUUGGCAAGCAACAAUUAUGGGUCCUCCUGAUAGUCCAUAUGCAGGCGGAGUGUUUCUUGUCACAAUUCAUUUUCCACCAGACUAUCCAUUUAAACCUCCUAAGGUUGCAUUCAGGACAAAGGUCUUUCACCCCAAUAUCAACAGCAAUGGCAGCAUUUGCCUUGAUAUUUUGAAGGAGCAGUGGAGCCCUGCCCUCACCAUAUCCAAGGUGUUGCUCUCGAUAUGUUCUCUGCUGACGGACCCAAAUCCUGAUGAUCCCUUGGUUCCAGAGAUUGCCCACAUGUACAAGACUGAUAGGAGCAAAUAUGAGGCAACGGCAAGGAGCUGGACCCAGAAGUAUGCUAUGGGUUAACGGUGCUGCUUUGUGUGAUAGGGAGGGCUUCUUUUCCUGUGGCUUUGGUCUAAGUUAAAAAUAUGUAUGAAUGAUGAAGUGUUACCUGUGCCUCUUAUAAGUGGGCCAAGGGCAGAGGUCUGAUUUCUGCCGUUCUUAAAACACAUUUGCUGCUUUUAGUUGUUUGUAUGGAAAGUAUGUUUAGAACUGCUUCAAAUGUCUCAACCUCACAUUUGUCUUUGACUGAAAUAACUUAGGAUUUGUUGGUAUUGUUGAAA